AUGCCGCAGGGAGAUGAGAAAGAGACUGACGUCAACAUGUGGUCUCCGGACAAGGAUCGAAAUGAGAAAGCACAGCUUGGAGACACGAGGCAAGGAAUUGAGAGGAAGUCAACAGUCGAGGACUUGCAAGACAAGCUGCAAGUCGCCUUGUCUGCCUUGGACGAAACCAAAGGAGCCCUGGAUGCUGCGCAGAAGCGCGUUUCCGAGCUCGAGUCCUCCGUUGCACCGGCACCCGAAGAGGAGAUGCCGGUCAAUGUCAGAAUAGAAGCAUUGAAGGCCUCGAUGGCUUUCGUGGCAGUAGUUGCAGUGGAAGCCGUCUAUUUCGUAUUCAUCCUCGAUGAGCGAAACAAGUUUGGCGAAGCUAGCUGCGCCGGCGUUGCCGCUGUUGCCUUGAGGAGCUGCGAGCUUUGCGGCGAUGGCACGCUGGUGAUGCCUGUAGGCGGUGACUAUGAGAAGUCGUGGCCAGCAUUGAUCAGAAGUCUUUUCUAUUUUUUCGUUCUCCUGUGGUCAUUUCAGGGGGUCGGUAUCAUAUGCGACGAAUUUAUGGCGGCGAUCGAGAAGAUCACCAGCAGUAAACGUUCCAAGUGGAUAACAAAUCCCGCUGGGCAGAAGGUUGAAGUUCGCGUCACCGUCUGGAACGAGACUCUUGCGAACUUGAGCCUGAUGGCACUUUGCUCCUCAGCUCCAGAGAUUCUUCUUUCUACUGUGGAGCUUUGCAGCAAUCGAUUCUUCUCGGGCAGCCUUGGUCCACAAACAGUUGUGGGAAGCGCAUCCUUCAACCUGUUCUGCAUCUCGUCCGUGUGCAUCUCGGCGCUGGCGCCUGGGGAGGUGCGACGCGUCGAGAAGUAUCCAGUCUUCUGUUUCACGUGCGCCGCAUCGGUGAUGGCCUACGUGUGGAUGUUGGUUGUGUUGGCUGGAAUUACACCUGACCGCGUGGAUCUUGCUGAAGGAGUCGUUACCUUGCUGUUCUUCUUCGUGUUCUUAGGCAUCGCCUUCAUCCUGGACAAGUACUUUUCCAAGACCGGGGUAGGUGCUGAUGUGGCGGAGGUGCACAGACAGCUAGAAGCACGAUUCGGUCAGGCUGUUUCUCUCGAAGGAGUUCAAGCAAUGAUGAAGACGCAGGCGAAGAAACAGCCCUGCGAACCUCGAAACACUAAGAACGAAGCCAAAGGCCAAAUCUUGCGACUCUCCACUGGUGGCAAGAAGCAGCCGAUCGUGUGUGCAUAUGGCUUCGUAGACUCGGAGGUAGUUUUCCACGAGGGUGAUGGCUGUGCCAGCCUGCAGAUAACAGCCUUCAAUGGCCCACAUCCAGCACCGGUCCGCAUCAAGUAUCGCACCCGAAACGGGAUGGCGAAGGCAGGAAAGCGGUAUCAGCAGAAAUCCGGCGUCUUGCAUUUCCACCCCGAGGAGGAGAAGCAGGAAUUGAGGAUACCUCUCAUGAUGGCAAAAGGCCCUCCUGAGGAAUUCUAUGUCGAGCUCACCGAGAUCCAAGCCGAUGGACUCGAAGGCAAGAAAAAUCCGCCGGUUAUCACACAAUGUGGCAGCUGUCUGGUUUGGGUCCUUUCAUCCCCAGAGGAGGGCGGCAGCGGAAGUGAGCAUGCUGGUCACACUGGCCACACCGCGGUUGUUCUUUCUCCCACUAGUGAUGGAGGUCGGGACUCCCGCAGAAUGCAGCACCUCGCGGCCGUGCCAAGUGAAAACGAACCCGACACUUCGAGGGCGUUAUCGGAGAUCCGAUCUGAAAUCAAGUCGGAGGCAAAAUCCGACGGCAGAUCAGAUGCACAAGGGCCCGAGGAAGAGGACGAGCCUUUCAGCUUCUCGCAUUGGAUGGACAAGGCAGUGGAAGCUUUCUUCUGCAACGGCAGUGCCGAGGAGCAGGCGCAGGCUACGGCUUUCGACUGGCUGAUGCAUUGUUUGGCACUGACCUGGAAGACGGCUUUUCUGAUCGUCCCCCCGCCGUCGCUGCUGGGUGCCUACCCGGCCUUCUUCUGCUCUUUGCUUGGCAUCGGCUUGGUCACCGUGGUCAUCAACGAUGCAGCGAGCUUGCUGGGUUGCUCCAUAGGCAUGGCAGAUGACCUAACGGCGAUCACCUUAGUUGCGCUUGGGACCAGCUUGCCAGACACCAUGGCGUCCAGAACGUCCGCCAAGUCGGACGAGACUGCCGACAACUCCAUCGGCAACAUCACCGGCAGCAAUGCGGUGAAUGUGCUGCUGGGUAUGGGCAUCAGCUGGACGAUCGGCGCUGCCUAUUGGGCGCACAACGGAGUCACGGACGAGUGGAAGGGACAUCAAACAACGGCUGGCAACUACGAAACGCUCUAUCUCGGCAGCAAUCCCGAGGGCGGCUUCAUCGUAGUGGCAGGAGCGAUCUCUUUCUCUGUCUCAGCCUUUGCAGUGCUUGCGAUGCUCUGUGUGGCACUGCUGUACAUGCGACGGGUCACUUAUGGCGGAGAGCUGGGUGGACCCUUACUGGCGCAGAGGACGCUCGAUUAG